UUUCUUGGCGAAACACCAUCACUUUCGUUUUGAUCAUUUUUACAGUAGCAUGAUGUUGUUCCCACGAGAAAUUUAAACCUGCUCCUUUACGCGACCUACUGUGUUUUCGUUUCCCGGAGCAGGACCACAGUCACCACCGUCUGAUCACGAGCAACUAGAUGAGUGGUCCAGGCCCGGGGCCGGCGGGCGGCAGCGGCAAGUACCAGACGAAUGUCGACGUGACACCGAGAGGCGACGAGCUGGACACCGCCAUAGACGAGCUUCUGAAUGAGGACAGGCCGCCAGGGGGAGGGCAAGCUAGCUCGUCCUCAAAUAGACCACCUCCCGCCAAGCCGCCAGACGGAACAACGACGACCUCCGGAACAUCAAGUAACAAGCCGGAGAAUAAAACGGUGGAAUUCGCGCGAGCGCAGUCGAUGGCGGUGGUCACCAAAAUGAAGGUCCGGGUGGACGAAGAGACGGACAGGAAGGAAAGAGAAAAGGAACAGAAGGAGAAACGGAACAAGGCUCGGACGAACAUUUUUUCCGCGGGCGCCUUCUUGCCCGGCGUCACCGUGCUGAACCGCAGGACCGGUGGCGCGAGAAACGCGGGCGCCAGUUUUUUCUUCGGGAAAUCGGGCACGUUCCCCGACGAUAGGGUUGCCGAGCUCGAAGCUCUAACUACAGAGACCGUGAACCACCUGUGGAACCAGCCGUGGAGGAAGGUAAGCGGCAAGGACAGCUGGUUCUGGGACUACUUUCCCGUUUUCCACACAGAAAACGUGUACCGCACCGCCUGGAGCCUGUUCUUCGUGUUACCCCUGAUGUACAUAGCAACGGUUUUCCCGUAUAGGCUCGCGUUCGUCGAAAUGCGGCUGCCGACGGUGUGGCCAAACGAGAUAGACGCAAACGGGAACGAAAUUCUGACUGACGGCAGCGCCGAUCCGGUUUCCGAGGCGUGGAAGAUUUUCGACUAUGUGAUCGACGGGCUGUUCUGGCUGGAUUUACUCCUGCAGUUCACCUUUGCCUACGAAAACCACAAGGGCGAGCUGGUCAGUCAUCCCCGGGAAAUUUUCUGUGCCUACUUAAAAACGUGGUUUGCCAUCGAUUUUCUCGCUUGUCUGCCCCCCAUCGUCUGGGAGGGCCUAGCUGGAGAGGCGUCCGGCACCAACAAGCUCGGAAGGAUCAGCCGUCUAUACCGCGUUUCCAAAAUCUUCAAGCUGACCAGGCUGGUGAAGAUAAAAGCCCUGAUGAAGUGGUCCGCCCUCGCCAAGUCGUCCCAGUUGCUCUACUUGCUCUUCCAGGUGUUCGGGAAAAGCCGGGUCUUCGAAAUCUUGAAGUUCAUGUGCUCCCUGCUGGUACUGACUUUUUUUUUGGGAAUUUUUUUUUGCUGUUUCUCGUUCUCGUUCAGUUCGUUGAUUGCUCCUACUUUUGCUAUUCAUUUUGUAACCGCAAUGUAACAAGCUCAAGCACGAAAAUAAAUGGAAAACAAAUUUUUAUUGCCCCAUUUCGCAACUACUACAGGCUCUCUCCCACAUUUUCGCCUGCGGAUGGUACCUCGUCGCCGCGCUGCAACCCGACCCGACACACACGUGGGUGUGGCGACGAACGGUGCCUACACAGAACGGUAGCGAGCCGUUGUUACUUGUUGACUACGGGAGCGGCGAACAGUGGCUGCACUCUUUGUACUACGUCUUGACGGUUUUCACCACCGUGGGUUUUGGUGACAUCACGCCGUUCACCAAAUCCGAACUUCUCUACUCCAUGUUUUUGAUGUUGAUCGGUGCCAUUGUGAACUCCAUCAUCAUCUCUGAAGUGAUCCACGUGGUCACCAGAACGGACGUCGUCAGGUCGGAGAUGCAGCGGAAGAACCAGGCGGUCAAACAGUUCUGCGAGGCGACUAGAUUGAAUCUGCGGACGGAACGAACGAUUUCCAGGUUCUCCGAGGUGAUGACAAAGUCCAAAUACGCCAAGGAAGACUCGGCCACGCGCGAAACGGAUAGGUUUAUGUGGCGCGAUCUCUGCGAACUGGCCGACGCGAUGGAUCCAAAUUUGCGCUCCAGCAUCGUGAAGCGGGUCUUCGAGGGCAUGUUCUUUCGCUCGGCCUUCCUGAUGCACUGCAUCAACAAAAACGCGGCGUCGGAAGAGUUGCGAUCGCUGCCGCUAGUGGUAGCGUCGUUUCUGAAGCAACAGACAAUAGCGCAGGGCGACUACCUGUAUCACGUGGGCGAGCAGCCGAAGGGGUUGUGGCUGAUCAUGAAGGGUGUCGUCAGCUACGUCGCCGUACCCUCGGAAUUCGGCGGAAUUCACCACACAUCGACGAUAUUGAACCUGAUGCGACUCCAGCAAACGCCACUGAUGCUGAAAGAACGGUAGGAUGUUUGUCUUUGUACUAUGUUCGUCGUAGGAGAAAAGGCCGAAACCCGCCUUCUAAUUUAACUUUUAUGUUUUAUCUAUCAUGUUCACUGCUCAAUCUGACCUGAUGCUGAUGCAUUUCUUACUAGCAUGGAACCGCCCAUUGUCAUUCCCUAACUCGAAAACAGGGCGUACCCCUACAUGGUGUUUGGUCCGAGGUCAUACGUGGGCAUUUGGGAAGUGAUUUAUCCAAGAGAGCGCGUAACCAAUUGCCGGGUAGAGCAGGAAGCGACCGUGGCCUACUUGAGCAGGAACGACUUCGUGACCAUUUGCCACAAAUUUCCGAAUCUGAUCAGCAGCCUGAAAAUGCACGCGCAGCGAAAGGAGAGCCGCAGGCGGAUGGCUAUCGCCGCACACGCAGAGCAAAUAGACCACCAGCAAUUGGCCGGGAGGAUAUUAACAAGGUGGUGGCGGGCGAUAUCACAGAAACAGAUGGCUGUGCAGUUGACACAGGCUCUCGAACAAAACAACGCAGCACUGGCUCACGGUGUAUAUCCCGCCGAAUCGGGCAGCAAACUAAAAACGGUACGAUAUAGGAAAUGCAAAUUUUGUAGGAGCAUAUCUUCCUUUGUCUGCUUUGAUUUCACAUUCACUACUGCGAGCAGGGUUCUCGUGUUUCUGUUUUGUCAGAUGAUGAUGAAUCGUCUCUGAGGUGCUAGUGUUUCUUAAAGUCGUUCUUGGAUUUGGAUAGACACAGUAAGAGAAAUACUUAAGAACAAAAAAGAAAUUCAAAAACUCCUGACCCUUCAGGUACUCUCGCGCAUUGCCUUCCGUGCGCAGAGGCUGUCCAAGAGCAACGUGUCGGAGGUGAUGGGCGAUAAUUCGGAUCAGAUUAUCAGAAAGAUCAACGAAGAGAUGGAGGGCGGCAAGGCGAUAAAUCCGGAGGACGUGGAGAGGCUAGUGAACGAGCACGUUGGCGGGAGCAAACCUCCAAUGGAGGUCCGGUCACGCACGUCCUCCGGCGGCAGCAAGGGGCCGGCGGCCAGGUUCGCUCGACAGUCUACCUUCCCUGACGAGGCCGAGAUGGCGGCGCCCGGGUUUUCACAAUCGAGCGCCCAGUACACACGACAACUGCGAAGGCUACGGCUCGACAACGAGGCCCUCUCCUCCAAACUGAGCGAAAUAUUCCGGAUGACACAAGACAUCUAUUUCGCGAACUUUGGCCGGGAAAUGGGAUAAGUAAGUAGCCUUGUUCUCGAUAAUUGACACUGUGUGAGACACAAAUACCCCUUAUCCAACCAACGCAAACUAAAGAAGAUUUGUGCUUUUUUUAUGAUGUCCCCCUAUUUGAUGUUUACGCAAGUACUUUUUUAUCGAAUUGAAAUUGUUCUAAUCACGCGCUUUGAAAUUUUAAGAAGUAGUAGUAGGACGGAGUCAACACUAGCUGCUUGUAGGCAUAGGACAUAGUGUGGAACUACAGCUCGCAUGGAAUAGGAAAAAAUGCAUGGAACAUCGUCGACACAACCUGCAAAGGAGUCUGAAGCUCAUUGUUGAAGUAAGUGGGUUGAGUGACCUGCUUCGGUUUCGGUAUGGUGGCGCUAUACUGAUUCGUUUCCACAUAGAAAACGAUACACAUCGACAGCCUACUCAAGUAGUUAUGACGAACAAAACGCUCAUAUGAUUGUCCUUUUCAUGGUGGCUUUUAUGUUUUCUCAU